AUGAUUGAUGAGGAUGACAGGAGGCUUCAGAGGAAGCCUUCCAGACUCGAUUAUCUCGCUAGUAAAGGUCAAAAGUUGGAUAUUAGAGCUCACCAACGUACAUAUCAAGGAGCAUAUGUGAGAACCUGCUUGGGAUGUUUGUCAUUUUCACUUUUGGUGAUGAAGCUCUUUUCACGGGAGUUCAUGCCAUUGGGAAUGGUGUAUCAGAUCUAUGCCCUUGUCUUAUGUCUUGCUUCUUACUUGAGAUCUCGUAAUCUUGACCUCUACUUUAUCAACUUUAACGAUCCUAAUUGGUACAAUAAUUAUGAGGUGGUGCAAACGGAAGCGGAACCGCAGAGCUCCGAAGAUGUUCAAGGCAGUGACAAGUAUUACUACAAGACAAGUGGAAACAUUGUUUUAUGGCUUACAGUUGUUGGAAUCUUAUGCUACAUCGUGUUAUUUGUUCUUCUAGCUAGGAUGUGA